CCUGGCUCGGCGGAGACUCAGAUAAUCGUGGGGGCUUCAUCACUGCUAUAACUAAGGUGGCUGCUUUCUUUUUGCUUGCCACAGCGCUGAAACGUAACGAGAGCUCGAUCUUGAGUCGUAAACCGCGUUGAAAGCAGGGGGAGGUGGAGCCACCGCGUGACCCGGAAGCAGAAGUGACUUUCUUAGGCGUGCUGGGAAGCCGAAGCUUUGCCCGCAGCGGGAAACGCACCAAUUUAUCCGCACACCACCUCAACCAGAGAAGAAGAUGCUAAUUAAAGUGAAGACACUGACCGGAAAGGAGAUUGAGAUUGACAUUGAACCCACAGACAAGGUGGAGCGAAUCAAGGAGCGUGUCGAGGAGAAAGAGGGAAUCCCGCCACAACAGCAGCGGCUCAUCUAUAGCGGCAAACAGAUGAAUGAUGAGAAGACAGCAGCUGACUACAAGAUUCUAGGUGGUUCUGUCCUCCACCUGGUGUUGGCUCUGAGAGGAGGAGGUGGUCUUAGGCAAUGAUGAGUCUUCCCUCCUCUGUACCUCCCUACCCUGUCGCUCAUAGUGAAGUAUAUAUUCUGUCACUGGCUGGGACACA